AUGGAUUAUCACUUCCCCACAGGAAUUUUUUGGGAUCCUCGGGAGCCUCCCCCGCCAGAGGUGCAUGAGCAUAUCGAUCACGACAAGGGGCUGGCAAGGCCGGGCGGCGGGCUGUCGAAGAGUCAGUCGGUGAAACGAAAAGAGCAUAAACUGCUUAACAAUCUCGCUGUUACCAUACCGGCGGCGGAACCGGGCGCGCCGGCCCUCUGCGUCCUGGUACCGCUGUCAAUCGCAAUCAAGGCUCGCGUCGUUCAGGACGUGGCCAAGAUCACGGUCACGCAGCUGUACUUCAACAAAUCGGAGCGCCCCAUCGAACAGGGAGGGUACACCUUUCCGCUGCCCAACGGCUGCACCGUGACGGCCUUUAGGUGCCGCGUCGGGAAGAAAAAGACCCUCAGGGGGCACGUCAAGCCAAAGGAGCAGGCCAAGGAAGCCUUCAGCGAUGCCGUGAAGCGCCGCGUCACCGCCGGUCUUAUGGAGGAGGCCACAUCGGAGAUUUUUACGGCCUCGCUGGGCAACAUACCGGCAAAUACAAAAAUCAAGGUCGAGUUCAGCUUUGUGAUGCAGCUGAAGCGCCGGUUCGCCGGUGCGGGCGCGAGCAGCCGCAGCACAACGACCUUGACCAUCCCAACCAGCAUAGCGCCCCGGUACGGGGACGCGCCGCCUUCGUCUCAACUCGGCCUCGCAUCGACGGAUGUGGCUCGUGGGUUGUCCGUCGAGGUGGAGAUCGACUCGUGCGAAAUGGUCGCCAACGUAUCGAGCCCGACCCACGCAGUCACCGUUGAGAGGGGCUAUUCCCGAGGCAGAGCGCAAACGUGGGUGGAGCUAACAGGCGGCAAAACUGCGCAGGCCGAGGCGGGAAGCGCCAGGAGCGUCCUGGCUAGGCUCUCGUCGGAGCGGACGGAUCUCGGCGGCGAUUUUGUCCUCGAUAUCGAGACCGAGCGAGGCCCAGGCGAGGAGGAUUCGCCACAGGCCGUUCUUGAGAUCCAUCCCACGAUCGAGCACCAGGCGGCUGCGAUGAUCACCAUCCCGCCCAAGCUGCUCCUGACCAGCGCCGGCGACGCGAGAAGCAGCGCCCAUGGGCUGGGCGAAGUGGUUUUUUUGGCCGACCGAUCCGGUUCCAUGAGUGACAAGAUGCUGUCGCUUAAGUCGGCUAUGCAGUUUUUCCUUAGAGGCAUCCCGCUCGGUCGCAAGUUCAAUGUGUGGUGCUUCGGCUCCAACUUUAUAAGCCUGUGGCCCAAGUCAAUCGAUUACACCGAGGAAUCUCUGGCUAUGGCUUUGGGCUUUGUCAGCGACAGCUUCAAGUCAGAUAUGGGCGGAACGGAGCUGCUGCACGCAAUCGAGGCCAUCGUGGCAGCGAGGGACAAAUCGACCUAUCUUGACGUUAUCGUUCUGACGGACGGCGAAGUGUGGCGACAGGACGAAACCCUCGACUUUAUCCGCGACGCAAGACGGCAGUCAGGAGACAUGGUGCGUCUGUUUGCGCUCGGCGUUGGCGAUGCCGUCUCUCAUGCCCUGGUCGAGGGCAUAGCCACUGCAGGAGGCGGCUACUCUGAGAUCGUCCCGGCCCGCACCCGAGACGGCUGGGAGGACCGCGUGGUGGCCAUGACGCAUGCUGCAUUGACCAGCCAUUGGGGUAGCGUCGAGAUCGAGAUCCAGCCGGACCCGGUGGAGAGUGAGGCGAGCGUCGGUGCUGCCGCGCUGCCGUCUGUACUUCAGUCUCCCACCCAUCUCGGAGCAAUCAACCUCUACCAAAAGGGGCGAAUCUUCCUUCUUUUCAACUCGUUAUCCGAGCCGACCAAGCCUCGACACAUCGUCUUGAAGAUCACCUCCGGGCCUGCGGACGCUAUUGAGCGAGUGCACAUACCCCUGACGAUCGCUGGCGCCAAAGACGAUGCCAUCCAUACCCUCGCCACCAAGUCCGUGCUGGAGGAUAUGCGUAAUCAGCCUCCAAUCCAUGGCUAUGGGGACGGCGGGAUGACGCCUGGGGGCGAUCGUACGCUCGGCGAGGCCCUGGCGUGCAGGUUCUCCAUUACGUCCCGAUGGACCAGCUUCUUCCUGUCCGAGGAGAAUGGGGACGAGAUUAUUGAUGACCCGGACCUUGGGGAAACCGUCUUGUCGCCUUCUGGCGGCGUCAAGGCAGCGAUCGAAACGCGGAGGAGGACCGCGUUCGCCCCCUCCAGUGCCGGCGGUGGCACAUCGUCUUCUGCGUUCCUCACCAGGCUCAGGGCGUCUCUGACUCUGAGUGGCCAUGGUGACAAGUCCAUGGGACAUUUGACCGGUGACUUUCCACGCACUCUGCUGGAGAAUGCUGGCCGUGGCUCGUUCGAGGCUCUGCUGCAGCAUGAGCCGGAAUUGCCUCGACCUACGGGGAAUCACACCACUGUCAUCACCUACUCGGAUGGAGGAGGGGGGGACGGGUCAUUCUCUAUUGGAACUUCACACGAGGGCAUAAUAAAGAGACCCAUGGCGGGGCGUGCGCCUCUCAGACGCAGCAACAGCGGCGCUACCGCGAGGUGUGUGCCUAACGAUUUUAUGGUCCCGUUGGGCAGGGCAAUGCCGGUCCGGGACGGCAGCAGGCAGUUCGUCCGCGAUCUGCUCAGGUUCCAGCAUUUUGACGGCUCCUUCAACUUCAUUGGAGGAUGGGAUGAGCUGGAGACAGCCCUCGGGUGCCGGUACCACGGUUCGGUCGCCAGGCUGCGCCAAGCCUGCGGGGACGGGGAGCGGACGGCGACGGCCCCGGCGACGAUCCUGGGCAUCCCGGCCAAGGUCGCGUACGCGCUCAUGGUCGUCGAGCUGCUCCAGAGGGACUUUAUGGAAUUCGAGAGCCUCUGGCGACUGAUGAUCAUGAAGGCUAGAUCGUUUGCCGAGAAGCAAGUCCCAGACGAGGAGGUGCGCGAGGGGUUCGUGAGGACUUGGCUCGGCCUCCUGGCCGCUAAAGAAGGGUCUAGAGGGCGGGAGCCCGCGAAGCAGGAGGUGCAUACCGUGCCUGCGGAGGAUAUCUAG